UUUUUUCUGCAGGAGAUACUGUGAUUAAACAAGUAUCAGAUGAAUGCCAAGAAGUAUUGCUUCAUUGUGGGUAUCUUCUCUACCCUCAACACCAUCCAGUUCCUCCUCUUUGAUGUGAACUAUGUGAUAAGCUUUGGCUACAAAGAGGGCCUGUUCAGCAUUUACAAUGAAACACACCCAGAUCAGGAUUCCUGGUUCAUAGCCAACAUGAGGGGCAUCAAAAUCUGCCUCUCCAUCAUCACACUCAUAGUCAGUUGCACCCUCCUUUAUUGCAUCCACAUGAAUAUCUGCCUGGGGCUGCUGACCUAUACCAUAUGGAUCAUCAUCUACGAGGUCUUCAACUUCCCCCUGGCCCUGCUCCUCAAGGAUUCCAUCAGAAAUCUGUUUGAGGAGCUGAGUUACUUGCACUUGAUCUUCCAAAUCUCCCGCAUGCUCCUGCACUUCUGCUGUCUGCCCUUUAUCAUCAAGCAAAUGCUCAUCCUUUACAAGGACCCCAAGAUGUCAAGCAAAAUGGGCCACCGCCGGCACUCCUCCAUCAGUACAGUCGACUCAUGGUCCCCAGUCGGGCUGGCACUGUACCGCAAGUUAAAUUGA